CUCAAGAAUGAAAAAUUGGGUCUUGGGAUUCCCUUCUUAAUUUUUAUAGAAACCGAGUCAUUGACCCGACCGAACUCUCCCCUGUUCCUGUUCAUGUGCUUGUUCCUGUUCCUCACAUUCGAGAUUCCUUUCUUCCAACUUUUCCAAUUUCCCAUCUUCUCCGAUCCCUCCCUUCCUCCUUCCUUCUCCUUUCUACUUAUAAACAAGACGACACCAUCUUUAAUUCGACCUAAUCUCGCCGCUUAACGAUGUGUUUCAAUGACUGCUGCAUGGCCCCUUUUGGUUGAGUGACAUAAAUGGUGUCACACAUCAAACUUUUAUUGGGUAUUUUCAAUGAUGAACUUGAGAGCACCCCGCCAUCCAUCCAUAUCUUACAGGCCUAUACAACCCACUGAUCUAGAUGUUCUUGUAAAAAUCCAUGGCGAUCUGUUUCCCAUCAGGUAUGAAAUUGAAUUCUUCCACAAUGUUGUUCAUGGUCACGAUAUAGUUUCUUGGGGAGCAGUUGACCGAAAUCGUCCUAAUGGUGAAAGUGAUGAACUUAUUGGAUUCGUCACUGCAAGAAUCAUUAUGGCAAAAGAAAGUGAGAUAGAAGAUAUGCUGAGAUAUGACAAAUCAAGAUCAGAUCAGGCUCUAGUUUAUAUUCUGACUCUAGGAGUGGUAGAGUCAUAUAGAAAUUUUGGUAUAGCCACUUCACUGAUUCGAGAGGUGAUCAAGUAUGGUUCAAGUAUGCCAAAUUGCAGAGCAGUUUACCUUCAUGUAAUUUCUUACAACAAUUCUGCAAUCCAUUUGUAUCAGAAAAUGUCCUUCCUUUGUGUAAGGAGGCUGAAUUCCUUUUAUUUUAUCAAUGGCCAACAUUAUGAUGCAUACUUGUUCAUUUAUUAUGUGAAUGGUGGCCGAUCUCCAUGUUCACCCUUAGAGCUUGUUACCCUUCUAGUAACGUACAUGAGGAGAGGAUUGAAGUUGGUGUCUUCAAGAGUAUGGAAAAAGGGUGAAAAGAAUGUUGGCCCAAAGAGAGUCAAAUAUAGAGACAAAGCCCUUUGUCCUUUUUACAGUGUUGUUUCAUUUUCAUCAUCUUAA